AUCAUGUGCAUUUAGAUAUGUUAGACGUAUCAUAGUGCAUGAAUUGGUAUAUAAAUUAUGGCUGGUCGCUAUCUCUUUGAGGCUAACAUCUGUUGGUUUCCCAUGAAUUACAGCUUUAUAUUCUUUUAUUUGCUAUUUCACCAUGUGUACUUUCAAGCAAUUUUUCCUGCUUAUGGUUUUGUUUUGUAUGGGAUUAGGUAUCAUUGUCGCCAAGGUGUCGGAUAAACCGAACAAAAAGUCUGAUAACAGAAAAAUAGCAGACGACAAGACUGAUAAGCGAACAGAUGAUGUAAGUGACAAGGAUCUCCCAGAACUUGAAAAGCUUGAUGAGGAAAUCUGGCCACCAAAGGGUAUCAGCUUAAAGGACGACCCAGCAAAAUGGCCUGGCCAUCUGGACGCCUUUGGAUCAAUAGGCAAGAUCCACAAAGUGGAUGUUUACAAACGCUUUCCUAAACCCACUGUGUUUUUCAGUGAUUACGUUGCACCGUAUAUACCUCUGGUGAUGCGUGGUGCUGUAAAGAAAGCAACUGCUUUUAAAAAAUGGGCUGAUGAUGAAUAUUUCCUGAACCUUCCACAGGCACAUACCCAGUGGUUUUCGACCGAGCCAUCACAGAACAUUACAUUUAUGAAAUUUGUCAUCGACUAUAAAACUAAAAAAUUAGUUUAUGAUAAAGAAGUCCCAGCUUUUCUGAGUGAAGAUGUUCCAAUACCAUCUCCGUUACUCUGUGAUCCUGUGGUAAAGAGCUUUUCCAUGAAUAUGUUGAACAUAUAUGGAUAUGAUUUUUCUUCACCUAUAUCCCGAAGAAAUGUUGAUACUAUUCGCUGUGUGUUUGCUGGGAAACAAGAUUUUGUGCUUGUUAGCAACAUAGAUUUUAGUGAUGUGAUGCCUUCUGAUUUUGAUAAAGUGGAUGUUAGGAAGGUCAACUACAAACAGUAUCCCUCUCUUCGUCAAGCUGAAUACCACAAGGUUACUGUUAAUUCAGGUGACUGUAUCUUCAUUCCCACAAAAUGGUACUGGCAGCAAAACUGUGUUGCCAAUACCAAGGCAGUGGAUGUCACCUGGUAUCACAAGAUCAAGAACGUGAAACCGUCCGAGUGCUUGAACUACACAGCAACACCCACUCUCAACAUGGUCGACUUUCCUGACCAGAUAAGUCUAACAGACUCCAGUAUGCUGAUUGCAAUCCAGCAUUUUUCUUCCUACCUUAUUUCAUCUCCAAGUCUGACAUACAAGCAUUUUGAAGCAGAAUUGAAAAAGGAUAAAAAGUUGCUGUCUAAAAUGUUAAACUGGACGGACGAAUUUGAAGAAAUUACAGUUGAGGUGUUUCAGCUUCUUGAUAUAAACUCUGAUCAGUCAUUCUCCGUAUCUGACCUGCAGCUGAUAACACCAGAAAAACUGACAAAGCUCCACCCACUUUUGGAUGACCUGCUAGCGGACUACCAAGAUAUUCUUACUGAUCAGCAGGAGGAUACUAAAGAGUCUGCAGAACCAGCGACAGGUAAGACUGUAGAUGCAACGGUUAAAGAACAGCUUGGAGAAUACAUGUCGGUUUUAGAAGAUGUCAUUAAAGACAGUAUUGAAGAGUUCUCAGUAACAGGGAAACUUCCAGACAUGGAAAAGAGACUUGGCCAGAAAAUAAAAAGUCUAGGUGGUAAACCUCCAACUAAAACAGAUACAACUACAAAGACAGCGAGACAGAAAGCAAAAGAACAGCUGAAAGGAAAAAAGCAAAAAGUGGAGGAAGCCGAAGAUGUGUUGGAAUUCACGGAGGCAGAAGAAAACUACAAAGUUAUUGAUGAAUCGGUGGUGGAGGAAAUCAUAGUCGAUGAUGACCUGCCAGAGGUCGAGUCCAAGUCACCAGAGAAGCAAGCAAAGAAGAAACCAGAUGUUACCAAAAAGGAAGAGGAACAGAAAAAGAAAAAAGAAAAAAAAGAGAAAAAGCCAGAAAAAAGUAAAACGAAACAAAGUUCUAAAAAAGUUAAGUCUAAGCAUGAAGAACUUUAGUGCUGAAAUAAAGAGUAUGUAGCAGAAUUUUGAAACAAGUAUUCAGUACAAUUUAGGGUAUUUUAUUGCAUGUGAACGUGUAAAAGGUAACUUAUUCAGUCAUUACUUGACUUGGUAGCUGUUAUGUUUGGCUGUUGUGAAUUUUUAAAGAUAUCAUUUUUCAUUAUAAGUACACAUUUAAAUAAAGAGUAUGAGUAUGGUAAA